AUGCAGAACGGCGGCGUGGCGUCGUCCGCCUUCGUUCAACGUUAUUUUGGCGGGGGAAACGAUGAUCAGAAGACUGCGCUUCAAUUCGCAUUUUACAAUGUUCUGCUCUUCGUUUUGGUAAGCAGAGUUUUGGGAUACAAAAUUCUCGUGAUGCAGCACUUUGAGAAAUUACAAAAAUUUUCGGCCGAGUGGAACUCAAGUUUUUAAUGAUGCCAGAUUCAAAUAUUUUUAAAACUAGAAAUGUAAAAUUUUGAAAAAUAAAUAAAACAAACAGAAACAUUUUUAAACGUGAUCUAAAAAAAAUAUAAAAAAAUAAAAUGUUUCAUUCCUAGACAAAAUGUUUUUCAGCUCGGCAUCUCACUCUGUGGUAUUUUUGCUCUUUACAACAUGAUGUACAUGUUUCUGUCUCCAUUAUUAUGGGCAGUUCUCGUUGGCACAGUACUUUUCCCAUUCAAAAAACGAGUCACCGAUGCUGUUCAACAUUGGCUGCGUGGUCUGAUCAAAUCCAAAACAACAUUGGUCAAAGCGGUCUUCACCUUGCCUUUCUGCGGAUUCUCCUACAUUUCCGAAACAAUUUAUGAGACUGUGGCAAGCUCAACUGGUGCAAUUAUUGGAGCAUCCUAUGUUCUUCUCAAAAUUCUCUCCUACGAACGAACUUUUAUGUAUAUUAUCAGCUGGUUGGGACGAGUUUAUGGAUGGUUGGAUUCAUUUAUUGUGUUCUUCGCCAAGCCUUGGAUUCUUCCAUUGAUUCUUCUUUAUUUCUGUGGAUAUGCCGCCUGGAUUUAUGUUCAAGAUCCAAAACAAAUCAAUAAGAAGUUAGCGAGAACUCUUUCACUCCCACUUUGGAUUUUUGUUAUCUCCUAUGCUUCGUUAUACUUUGGUCCCUUCCGUGCAUGUGUUUUUGGUCUAAGUGCCGGUGUUUUGGGGGCGCUCUCAGCAGGAAUUGUAUCAGUUGAAAGCAACAAAGUUAGUCAGAAUUCGAACGAUGGAGAAACCCAAGAAUUAUUAGUUGAAACAAAUGAAGUUCUCGAAUCAGCCAAAGAUAAAUGUGAGUAUAUAAGACGUCUAGAGGCUUCCUAAGGCUUCUUAAAGCUUCAAAGAGCUUCUGAAAGCUUCUGGAGGUUUUUCAAGGCUUCUGAAGAUUUCUAGAUGUUUUUCUUAGGGCUUUUGAAGGCUUCUGGAGACUUAUAGAGGCACCACAAAACCUCUGUUUUCAACCAAUAGAAAUUUUUAGUGGAUGCGACUGAACAUGAGAUCAUUGAGCACAUUCAACCAACAACAUCAGUUUCGGAAGCUGUUACUGGAGAUCGGCUCAUUCGAUAUGUUUUUGGAUUGUGUGCUCUUUUGUGGGUUGUCAGACAUGAUUCGGCAUUGAUUCUUCUCGCAAUUCCAUUCGUUUUGGCGAUUUUGGGACGUGUUGGUGAGUGUGAAUUGGAAACAAAUUAUUCAAAGUAACUCAUUUUUCAGCCGAACAAGUUGGAAUAACUGCAGCAAUCAAAAAUGGUUUGGAUUCAACUUGGCAAAAAUUAUCACCAGCAGUCACAAAAAUCGUCGAAAUCACAGUCGCUGGCCCACUUCGUCAAUUUGUUCGAGUCCUUUUCACAUCAGAUAAAAUGCUCGUCGAAUCACUUCACGAUAAAAUGGAUGUUCUUUCAUCAGUUAUUGUUAUGAUGGGUCUCGCAUUUUCCGCACUUUUUGCAAUUGUUUUUGUCGGUUUUCAACUUCACAGCGAAACUGUUCAUCUAGUUCGCCUAACUUCAAAUGUAAUAUCUUCUCGACCUGAUUGGAUGGCUGCUGCGAUGAAUUAUACAGAAGAUCAAUUAGAAGAGAAUAAUAUUGAUAUUGACGAUUAUGUGCAACAAGCUUAUGAACAAGGAAGAGUUUGGUUGGCAUCAAAUGUUCGAAAAUUCGCGAACUCAAAAGAUACACAAAGAGCUGAUAUGUUGGAAGAACAAGUUAAACAAGUUGUUGAUAAAUUAUAUAAUAUGUGGGAGCAAAGAAAUAGUGAAGUGAAAACAGUAAAUGAAGUAUCAAGAGGUGAUUGGAUGACACAAUUACAAGGAGUUACUGAUUUGGCAGCAUUGAAAGAUGAGAUAACUUUAAUCGUCAAGGAAAAUCUGGAUACAUUGAUGGGAGUCGCACAACAAAUUGGUAGUAUUUUGGCAGUCAAUCUAACAUUUUUCUCAUCGAUUUUAACUGCAUUUGCUGGAAUCAUUUUGAGCUUUGGAAUGGAAUUAUUGAACACUUUUAUUGAGAUUAUCGUAUUUUUGACCAUGGUUUAUUAUUUGUUGUCAGCUUCGAGAAAUCGAUGGCUUCCACUUCAAUGGGCUUCGGAUUUGUCGGCUGUGACCAGUGUUGAAGAUUCUUCUUCUUCUCAAAAUCAUAAUAUUACAAUGGCUAUCGAACAUGCGAUUUUGUGAGUUCAAAAAAUAUAUGGUUAGAAAAAUUGAAGAAAUUUUUUUCAGCGGUGUUUUUGUAUUGUCAGCAAAGAUGGCGGUUUUCUAUGGACUCUAUACAUACUUUGUACACAGUCUUUUUGAUCUCAAUAUUGUCUUCGUUCCAUCAAGUGAGUUUUUAUUCAAAUUUUUGAUGAAAAGGAAUUUUUCUGAGAAGUUUGUCUGAAAAAGUUGAAAAUCUUAUCAACAAAAAUCCAAAAAUUGAAAAAACUUUUCAAAAAAUCAACCCGAUCCAACAAAUUUUCAAUAAUAACAACUCUAAAAUUAUCGAUUUUCUUACAAUUUUCAAAAAUAUAAAGUUUUAGGGUUCACUUUUGAAAAAAAUAAAAAAAGUUGAAAAAGUUUCGAAAAUCAAAAAAUUGUAUCCUAAAUCAUGGAAAAUUUUCAAACUGUGAUCAUAGGUCCUGAAAUAUUCAUGCACCCCCAAAAAAUCAUAAUUUUCCAGUGGCUGCCUCACUUUUCGCCGCAAUUCCAAUCAUGCCACCAUACAUUGUCGCAAUUUUCGGAAUCGUCGAAUUAUGGCUCGUUCGUGGCGAAGGAACUGCUGCAUUUGUGUUCACAUUGGCCUCGUUUGCUCCUCAAAUGUUUGCCGACGCAACAUUUUAUCGCGAAGUCAAAGGAUCUCAUCCAUAUGUUACUGGUUUGGCAAUUAUUGGUGGAAUGUAUUGGUUGGGAUUGGAGGUAAGAAUUUUUAUUUUAUUGUUGGAACUGGAAUGAACCCGCAAAUCUGGUUAUGAAGCUUUGAAAUUUGAAAAUUUUAGAAAAAUUUUAAUCGUUUUUCUGAAAUUGAUAUUCGAGAUUUCUUGAUUGUGAUUGAAAGUAACUAUGUUUUUUCAGGGAGCUAUAAUUGGUCCAAUAAUUCUCUGCCUUUUCCUUGUUUUGGUCAAUGUCUAUCUUCAAUUAGUCAAACCAAAAGCAUUGAAUACUCCAAGUCCAUCAGCUGCACAAUCUCCAAGAAUCACUAAAUAA